CGAUCGGAACAAAAGCAAGCGGCCACGACGCUGUUGUCGAGGCAAGAUUUAUUAGUAGUUCUUCCAAAAGGCUUUGAAAAAAGCCUGAUCUUUUAGUUGUCGGUGCGGGUGAAAGAAAUAUUGACAGGCAAACCUGCAUGUGUGAUCGUUGUUUGCCCUCUAAAAAGUAUUGUGCACGAUCAAUUGUCCGAAGCAACUGCGAUGGGUUUAACGGCCACAUCACUUUCGGACUCCAGUUUAGAAGAUGUAGAGAACGGUAACUACCAGCUAAUCUUUGGAUCUGCAGAAGAUCCCUAA